GGUUACUGUCAGCGCGCAGCAUGUAUUGGUUUUGCGUAAAAGAAUGGUUUAUUUCCUUCUGCGACCCAACUGGAUCCGCCAGAUUCGCGUUGCGCUCACUCUCUUCGGACUUCCUUACGCCGUCUGCUCCGCCGGAGUUGGGUCUGCUAUUUCCUGCUCAUCUUCUCACCCUUUCAGAACCAGUCACGCGAUCAGGACAAUCUCUUCCAGCUGCUGUUACCGCUACAUGACCAGUGUCUGCACAAUGCCACCCUCAACAGUGCCUCAUAAGAACUCCAGAUGCCUGGAGUACCCAGGAUCCAAAAUCAAGCGCUUCCCAGUGCCUGAUGCCAAUGUGGACUGGAGUCAGAACUGGCCACAGUAUAAACCAGUCAGUCACUCUGACCCUGUACUAGCAAAGAAACCAGCAUGGGCAGACCCUGAUAUUGGUUCUUUCAGUCCAAAUUUCAACACUGUGGAUGGUGCCGUGGACAGGACAAGCUUUGAGGGCAAAUACAAGGUGGAAAAGGAAAAGCCACUGAAUCCUCGUGGACGUACGGGGUUGACUGGUCGAGGUCUGCUGGGGAGAUGGGGACCCAAUCAUGCAGCUGAUCCAAUCGUCAGCAGGUGGAAAGUAGAUGCCAAAGGAGCCAAGAUACAUCACCCAGUGUCCAAACGGCCUGUCCUGCAGUUUGUGUCCAUCAAGAGGAAGGACUGUGGAGAGUGGGCCAUUCCUGGGGGGAUGGUGGAUGCAGGGGAGCAGGUUUCGCUCACGCUGCAACGGGAAUUCUCGGAAGAAGCGUUGAACUCCCUGUCAGUGUCGCCCUCGGAGAAAGCAGAAAUCCACAAGCGUAUUAAUAAACUCUUUAAAUCGCCAGGGUUUCAGGUCUAUAAAGGGUACGUGGAUGAUCCUAGAAACACUGACAAUGCUUGGAUGGAGACGGUUGCAGUCAACUUUCAUGAUGAAUCGGGCGACAGUGUGAGUGAGCUGCCGCUACAAGCUGGUGAUGACGCAGGACAAGUCCAAUGGGUUGAUGUCGACUCGUCUUUGGCCCUCUAUGCGAAUCACUCACAUUUUCUGGAGCUGGUUGCCAAAGAGAGGAAAGCCCACUGGUAAACAAACCAAGACUCUAAACCUAAAGAGCAUUAUUCCUCUCUCUGUGUGGAGAGCACUUGUGUAAUUAGAAUGCAUGACACACGGAAUUAUGUACCUCACUAAUUUAAAUAUUAUCAAUGCACUUGUUAUAAUGAAAGCCAAAUGCGCAUCUUAUUACUGUGAACAAUGUGGCUAUGCAGAUCUACUAUUAAUAUAACAGAACUUAUAAAAUAAAUGUAACUAGAUGGAUCAAUCAAAGCUGAGCAGAGCAGAAAAGAGGGGAGGAAAUAAAAACAAAAGACUGAAACAAGGAGACUUUAAAAAUGCAAGGUGCAGAUUAUGUUAAUCAAUUCAGUGAUGACAAGGAUUUAAUGAACCCUGUGAGUUCUUGAAGUACAAACCCCUAUGAGCUGUUGAUAGUAACACAUGCUACAUGAAUGUUAGUGUGAAAAGAGAACAAUCUUUUUUUUUUGUUUACAUGUCAAUCAAAUAUGAAGAUGUACUGGGAAAGCAGUGCAAAGAGGUUGAGCUGAAGCUGCAGGACAAAUGGAGUGGUGAUAAUGAGUGGAAGCAAAAGGCCAUUUCACGUUCAAUAGCUCCGCCUUUCCAAAUGUUCGCUUAAAUAUGUGUCAUUUCUCUGGUGAGCAUCUCAUUUUCUAUGAGAAUGUCACAUUAAGUGGCUUGCAUCUGUUAGGAUUACUAAUCCAACACUUCUGUCAGCAAAUGGCUGUCAGCAACAGAUAACCAAACAUAAAUUUGUUUUAAUAAUAUCUACAUGUGACAGUGUACCCUGCCCUUUGCCCUAUAUAAACUAGGAUUGGCACUGCAGCCCUGUGACCCUAAUAUAUAAAGCAGUAGACAAUGAAUGAAUGAAUAUCUACUUGAGCUAAUGUAUCCCAUGUUUCAGCAAGCUGAAUUAAUUGAUUUCAAACACAAAAAAAAAUCACAAAUUCUAUUUCUUUUUAUUUACUCUAAUCAGACCAGAACAUUUAUCUGUACAAUAUGAUAUUCCGCUGUUUUCAGGUUUGAUACCAGAAGCAUUGAGUGGGGAAAUUCUACUGCUGAAGUGACACUAUAUAGUAUAAUCUUUUAUCUCUCCACUCGACACCCCGUGCACCCAAGCCACUUACUUGCUAAAGUGGACCAUUUACAGUAUAGGAGCACUUAUUAGAGUGUUAGUGUUUUUGUGAAAAUCAUCUAAUCGCCGGCUUUAAUGUCCUGAACAGUUUUAUUGUUCCUCUUCCUACUUUAAUUUUCACUUGUGGGUCGUACAAAACAAAAAGAAAUCAAAAAAAUAACAGGAUGAGUCAGAAUCACAAUACUUGGGCUAGGUUGCAGUUGCUCCAUCAAGAAUCAAAAUAUCAUGCUGAGAAUAGAAAGCAAAGGUAUGCAUUUACCAAAAUUGAGAUUAAAUAGCAGCAUGGAAUAUAAACAUGACAAAAAGACUGUAUGUUCCUUGCCCUGUAACGUAUGAAUAAUGUGCACCAACAAAAUUAAUAAAGACAUGGGAAACCUUUACUCCUGAGUUUGAAUAGUAAAUCAUUGUCAAUCAGUGUUAAUAGGAUUUGGACAUUUUCCCUCACAAAUGUAUUUCACUUUGUACUGUAUUUAUCGUCGUACAGCGUAAGUAACAUUAGCUGUUACGGCUAAUGGCUCGCGGUUGUUGUAGUCGAAGAAGAAAUCACAUGUACAGUACAUCUUAAAGCCCUUAUAAUAUACCAUGAAAUGCUCCACAACUAAUAAAAUGCACUUAUUUCA